CACUCACCCAAAACACCCUGUGACCCUCGCAACCAAGCCUGCAGAACAACACCUACACCUCUUUUGGUGUUGGCAAAGUCUGCCCACACUCUCUGCCAGAGUGUCCCGUCUUUUCAGCGACGCACCCUCUGUGGUGGUGCAGAGGCGCGCAAUGGCAGCCUCCGAAUUCCCCUGCUCAUUAGUGAUCGACGUUCCUCUUCUCGAUCAUCGUCUAGCUUCCACUGCCAUGCGGGCUCUGCAGGUUGAUGCAGAGUUGUCUCCUCUUGUUCGUCGAAGAUUUUCCUUGGUUGAUCGCGAGGGCAAUGCUGGGGAUGAGGACGAGAGCAGUAUCAUAUUGCGGACCGAGUACAGCGCCACGACUAAUCGAAUGCUUCGAGUCGCCGUCAAUGGCUUCAUGGAAUCACUCGGCGUGGUCUUACAGGUCAUGGAAGAGUUAGAUGUCGAUAUGCUUGAAUCAAAAUGCUAAAGCCGCCGACGGGCAUAUGGCUCUGUCUGCGGUCACAGGUCAAGAUUUCCGUCAUUAAUUGUACAGCUCUUCAACAUGAGUUACCUUGUAAUAUACCGUGGUAAUCGCUGGC